AUGCUUACUUUUAAAAAGAAGCUGGAUCAUUUUAUAACAAACACAGUGUUGUGCUAUGAAUCGCACCUUAUUGGUGCAUUAUGUGAUGAAAUUAUUGGUCGUCGCAAAUUACCAAUCGCCGCACUUGAGAAAGGUCAUGUGUCUAUCAGUCUUGCUGUAGCUGUCACCGAGGGCGGAUGUAUCCUGUCAACACUUACCGAAGGCCACUCCAACUUCACGGACAAGCCAAAUCCAAAUCUAACGAAAGCAGUCAAUCAACCAAGUAGCCAAGCAGUCAAUCAAUCAAUCAAGCAGCCAAGCAGUCAAUCAACCAAGCAGCCAGUCAAUCAGAUGAGCCGCCUCUCAGAUGCUUUACCAGUAAAACGAUCGCAGUGAUGCAAGUCAACGAUCGGUGAGUCGCAUGCUUUACGGUUCCUCCGGUUCCCAUCAUGUCGUAGGACGAAUGGUCCGAAGC